AUGUCCCCUGCAGCCUGGGAGCACUGCGAAGUCACAAACCGGACGUACGUAAGCCUGACGCAGCCGGGAGGUCAAAACCUCCAUGUCAGUCUCUACCUGCGCCAUUAUCGCCUGAACCUCCAUACUCUCGUCCAGUUUAAGAGCCUCCUCUUAUAUCACUGCCAAAAUAUCCUCCGCAAGGGUUCCUACAACUCGCUUCUGGACCCGCGGUCAUCCCGCUCAAAAGAGCUAGACGAUGCGAUCUGGCGCGUGUGGACCUUCUGUGACCUCUUUGCUGUGUGGAAAGAGCGGGAGUGUGACUUCACCGGGCAGAUCGCGUGGUUGCAGGGUAACAUAGCGCCUCGGUCUCCUCUGGGGAGUCCGGACGCUAGCGAUUUCGUCAGCGUGCUUUUUGAUCCACCCAGCAGCUUUGCGCAAGUGAACCGUGGUGGUCUCACGCUGGCGCAGUUACGAGAUAUGGUAGAGAUCUGGACAGCGAUGGCUACACUUCUGGAGUUCCUUCGAAACAGAACACGCUAG